UUGUUUUGUUUUGGCGUGGGCGAUGAAAAAUGCGUACUACGUGUAGAACAAGACUAGUGGCAAAGUUUCAUGGCAGUAUGGGGUGUUUGUUGUAGAGUUACUCUCCUUUACACUGAGUUUUAAAACAUGUUUCUGUUUGCAACAGUGCUCCAGACGAAGUCCGCAAAAUAACGUUGGCGUUUAAAGCUGUUUCAGAUCCCACUCUUAACGCCAACGGCCCGAAUACAGACGACAGGGGUUUGUGUCUACAAGAUAUUUACAAGCUGUGAAAUUUCCACUCUUGGCAUAACUGUCAGCGAAGAAGGCAAUCUAGACAAAUCUGUUAAUGUUGUCAAAGAAAUGACAUUAUCUCACUGUAAUUAUGCUCAAUGUUAAGCAACGGUUGCUGUAAUAUGCCUUAUACAAUGAAAUGGAAAUCACGAACGAGAAAUGUACCGUUAUUCCGGUAUACAGACGCCUUGCCGUCGACAGUGCCUGAAAGUGUCAAAUUUAGAAGAUGAUGAUGAUGAUGAUGAUAAACAAAUGAAGCAAUAUGAUUCGACUGCAGUUGUUAAUAUUUACUUUGUGUCUUUUAGCAAUUUGCGUUAUUGGCUUAAUUGGACUGUUUACGAUCAUAGCGGAGAAUGAACAACCAUUCCUAAUCAGACCACGCCCACGCCAGUUCUACGAUCUUUAUCCCCUCGAUUUACAGCUGUUGAAUUUACCACAUUUUAGUUACAUCAUAAAUAAUGACAUAUGUGGACAGAAAACAGUUGAAUCAGUUUUGUUAGUUACUUCUCACUGCGGAAAUGUAGAAGCUCGGAGUGCUAUAAGACAAGCAUACCCCCAGCAUGAGUUAAUAAAGCUCGGAAUUCGCAGACUUUUUCUGUUAGCAGUAUCACUAUCUGUAAAUCAAAAUUCAAUACAUGACGAAAACAGAAGGUAUGCAGAUGUUCUUCAAGGAAGCUUUCUUGAAGCUUAUCGCAACCUGACAUACAAACAUGUGAUGGGACUGCAGUGGGCUGUACAUCACUGUCCACAAGCACGAUUUGUUAUCAAAAUGGAUGAUGAUAUUGUAGUGAAUAUGUACAAACUUUCUGAAAUAAUUUCAUAUAUUUCUGAAUCUCAGAGAAAGGAUCUCCUUAUGGGUUAUGUACUUAAGGGGAUGGUUCCAGUUCGAGAACCUGCUAACAAAUGGCCACCUAACCAUGAAAAGGGAAAGAGAAAGUGUAGCAUCAAAUCAAAAUAAGAAGAAAUCCAAGGAGGAAGGUAUCAUAAAAGAUGAAGGGGCUAUACUAAAGUUCAUGGAAGUUUCUUCGGAGAUGCUAGAAGUUCCACCAGGGCCAUCACGUGUGAGUUCUUCUGAGGCUGGUGCUGCUCAGAACCAAGAAGCAGCUGAAAUAGUACAAGUACACAACAGUGAUGACUUACUGGGACCUGUAAUUGAUACUAUAAUUUUGUCAACUUCAUCUGCUUCUGAUGGGAUUGCUGAAAUUAUGAUACCAGAUCAGACUGUAAUCUUAUCAGCUGCUUCAGACUUUGUCAGAAAUGAUAUUGGAAAAUGGGCUGAAAAGACAGAUUCAAACAUAUGAUUACUAUUAAUACAUGGAUGUCUCAAAGUCUUAUCAGCACAUUAAUACAAAAUUCAUAGAAGGGCCAACAGUACCACUCACAUCUAAAUCAGAGUCAGAGACAGGCUGUAUCACACUGAAAGUACUGUCAAGGAGGCAGCUAAUGCGAGAACGGUUUUGGUGCACAUUGACAAUGGCAGAAAAGUUUUACAUGUUUAUGUGGCUUAUUUUCCUUCUAAAGCAUCAUUGUUUUACUUCUGUUGUUGUUUGUUUGAGAAUAAAAACACACCAAACACACUGGCCCCUCCCCUCUCCUCACCAAGGGGCUCACCACUCUUUGGUGAGUUCGUGCUUGGCUACCAUUGGGCCCCAGCCUUUGCAGCACCUCUUCCCUGUCCAAGCUGCAUGUUUGUACUUGUGCUCUUCUUUUUCCCCUUCCAUGGGAAACAUUUGUGGGAUGCUUUUGGGAAUGUGUUCUGAAGUUUUAAUAGCCUGACAUCAGAACAGUCCCCCAUCUCUCUUCUUUCUUUCUCUCUU